AUGGCCGGAAACUCACCAGCAUUCCACUUCUACAAGGAGGCGCAAUCCAAAUUCCAGAUUCCGCUGCUAGCCGGCGACAACGCCUUCCUCGGCGACGUCUUCUCCAGCGAAAAAACGUCCGACACGCCCGUCUCAUCAGGAUUCUUCCGUUUAAAAAAGGGCGAGCCUCUCACAUACACCUACAAGUAUGACGAGAUGAAGAUAUUUGUGGAAGGCGACUUCACAAUCACCGAUGCGACUGGACAAACGACAAAGGCGAAGCCAGGUGAUGUGGUAUUCUUCCCCAAGGGAGCUACCAUUACCUUUGAGACUUCAGACUACGGCUUAGCAUUCUACGUGGGCCAGCGAAAGAAGAAUGACUUUUAA